AAUUAUUGUCAAUCAUCAUCAUCCUCCUCUCAAAUGUCUCCUACACUAUACACUUUUGGCGGUUCUGUCUGGUCUGCCGCCCCCGAACUCGCCGUCGCCGAACUAUACCUAGCCGACGCCAUCGCCACAAAGACAAUCAACCUCGUCAAUGGCGAAAACUUUGAUCCUGCCUUUAUCGACAUCAAUCCCAGCGCCACCCUUCCCACUUUAACUGCAGGUGGUAAGACAUACCAGUCGACCGCCGAUGUCAUCUCGUAUCUCGUCGCCCAUGCCCCAAAACCCCUAUCCACCCCCGCUUCCCACAAGGCCAUCAUUGACCAAGUCCACGAAGACCAGUACGAUCCCAACUUUGCCUUGCUUCUCGUUCGCGACGAGUCGGAGCGAGCCACCAAGGCCGCCGCUUUACCAAAGACCUUUGUCGAGAACCGUCAAAACGCCCUUUUGAAGCACUCCCAAGACCCCGCCAACUCUCGUCAUGCCGCUUUCUAUAACGAAAAGCUCGCUGGAAACGGCGCACUCCUUGACAUCUACACUGGUGCCAACAAAGAUCCAGCUGACUUCUAUGCUCAAUCUCAGGCACACUUUGACAGUCUCAAGACGUAUCUUUACACUGUCCUCCCCACCGUCCUUCCCGCCGAAGGAUUCAUUGCCGGAGCCACACCUGGCGAGGCUGACUUUCACAUCGCGGCAUGGUUGACGCGUAUUGCCGCGACAUCUGGUGCUAUCAGUGCUGCUGAUGCCACCGAGUCAUUGGAGAAGAACUUUGGCGCGCCUCUUCCAGAGUCUGUAAGAAGCUACGCCAGAGCAUGGAUCGCUAGGGACAGCUGGAAGAAGGUGUAUGCUGAAGGAUUGCACUAGCGUAGAAGCUUUCAACUAUCUAACCUAGACAUUCAAUUUGUAAACCAGUCAGCUAAUUUAACUUGAUAAAUCACGUACUGAG